UUCUAUCUCAACCACAUAACAAUUUCAUGCUCUCUUACAACAAUGCAAAUUUUCCUCUCCUCUUCUUUUAUAAACCCCUCAAUUUCUCCCCUCUCUCAUUAUUACACACUCCCACCAAAACCUACUUAAUUACCCCUAAAAUAAACCAUUUUUACACUCAUCAACUAACAUGGGUGCUCAUCAAAAUUUCAAGUCAAUCAAGAAAUGCAGCACGGAAGGCCGAUCAAAUCAGACGGUGGCUGCCGAUUUAGACGGAACACUUCUCGUUUCCUCGAGUGCGUUUCCUUAUUUCUUGCUCGUCGCACUCGAAGCCGGAAGUUGGCUACGAGCGUUUAUUCUCUUAGUUUCCGCCCCGUUAGUGUAUUUUACGUAUUUAGUCCUGUCGGAGGCGAUCGCGGUUCAAACAUUCGUGUUCAUCGCGUUUGCUGGGCUUAAAAUACGAGAUAUCGAGCUGGUAGCUCGGUCUGUUUUACCGAGAUUUUACGCUGAUGAUGUGCAUCCUGAGACAUGGAAAGUGUUCAACUCUUUUGGUAAAAGAUAUAUUGUCACGGCUAAUCCGAGGAUUAUGGUUGAACCGUUCGUUAAGACAUUUUUAGGAGCAGACAAGGUUCUUGGAACUGAACUAGAGGUUACAAAAUCUGGAAGAGCAACUGGUUUUGUCAAGAACCCUGGAAUUCUUGUUGGUGAACAUAAAAGAGACGCCGUUUUGAGAGAAUUUGGGUCUAAUUUGCCAGAUGUAGGGCUUGGAGAUCGAGAGACUGAUUAUGAUUUCAUGGCAAUUUGCAAGGAAGCAUAUUUGGUACCAAAAACAAAGUGUGAGGCACUACCAAGAAACAAGCUUCUAAGCCCUGUAAUAUUUCAUGAAGGACGUUUAGUUCAAAGGCCAACUCCACUAGUUGCCCUACUUACAUUCUUAUGGAUGCCAAUUGGUAUUUUUCUCUCAAUCCUUAGGGUAUACCUUAACAUUCCUUUACCUGAAAAACUUGCCUAUUACAACUACAAGAUUCUUGGAAUUAGGCUUAUAGUUAAGGGUACCCCACCACCUGCCCCAAGAAAAGGUCAAAGUGGAUUCCUAUUCAUAUGCAACCAUAGGACUGUGAUAGAUCCGGUUGUUACAGCAGUUGCCUUGGGGAGAAAGAUAAGCUGUGUCACAUAUAGCAUAAGCAAAUUCUCCGAGAUCAUAUCGCCUAUCAAAGCCGUUGCUUUAACGAGAGAACGUGAUAAAGAUGCAGCGAAUAUUAAGCGUUUAUUAGAGGAAGGUGAUUUGGUUAUUUGCCCCGAAGGAACUACUUGUCGAGAGCCGUUUUUAUUGAGAUUCAGUGCACUUUUCGCGGAGCUUACCGAUAGAAUUGUUCCGGUGGCAAUCAAUACAAAGCAGACAGUUUUUCAUGGAACAACGGUCCGGGGACAUAAAUUGUUGGACCCGUAUUUUGUGUUCAUGAAUCCGAUGCCUACCUAUGAGAUUACGUUCUUGAAUCAAUUGCCCGUUGAGCUUACUUGCAAAGGGGGUAAAUCGCCAAUUGAAGUUGCGAAUUAUAUACAGAGGGUUCUUGCUGGUACAUUAGGGUUUGAAUGUACUAAUUUGACAAGGAAAGAUAAGUAUUCUGUGCUUGCUGGUACAGACGGCCGGGUUCCGUCUAAGAAAGAAAACGAAAAGGAAAAAGAAGAGAAGGGAAAAUAAUAAGUAUUGUGAAAUUUCGUGAAAUUCUUAUGAUUUGGCUACUUUUUUUUUAUGUAUGAAACUUAAUUAUGUCAUAAAGAAAAAUAAACAUUUUGAUUUGUUCUUCAAGUUUAGUAUAAAAUUAUACUUUAUGUAAUACUAAUUCCUACUUAUUUUGUUUGGCUAUACAAAUUUAAUAGUCAAAUAAGUUCUUUGUA